AUGCCUUUUGGGGGGUUUUCGGGGCUGAAGGAGCGGGUUCUGAAACCAGGAAAGGAGGAGGUGAAGAAUACAGUAGGAGACGGUCUGGGGAACCUGCAGAGGAAAAUUGAUGGGACCAAUGUGGACGAGGAUGACCAGAUGGAGCUCACGGAGGACGGGCAACCGGUGGCUCCUCGCCACAAUGCCCCUCUGUUUGACUGCGGUUGCUGCGGCCUGCCCAAGCGCUACAUCAUCGCCAUUCUCAGCGGACUGGGCUUCUGCAUCUCCUUUGGCAUCCGUUGCAACCUGGGGGUGGCCAUUGUGGAGAUGGUCAACAACAACACAGUCUACAUCAAUGGGACACCUGUACUCCAGCCAGCUCAAUUCAACUGGGACCCAGAGACUGUGGGACUGAUCCAUGGCUCCUUCUUCUGGGGUUACAUCGUCACACAGAUCCCUGGAGGCUUCAUCUCUAACAAGCUGGCCGCCAACAGAGUGUUUGGGGCGGCCAUUUUUCUCACGUCCAUACUGAAUAUGUUCAUCCCUUCAGCGGCCAGAAGGCACUACGGCUGUGUCAUGUUAGUCCGCAUCCUGCAAGGCUUGGUGGAGGGUGUUACCUACCCUGCAUGCCAUGGGAUGUGGGCCAAAUGGGCCCCUCCCCUGGAGAGAAGUCGACUGGCCACCACCUCAUUCUGUGGUUCCUAUGCAGGUGCUGUGAUUGCCAUGCCUUUAGCAGGAGUCCUGGUUCAGUUUGUUGGAUGGCCCUCAGUCUUCUAUAUCUAUGGUGUAUUUGGGAUUAUAUGGUACAUCUUCUGGCUCCUGCUUGCCUAUGGGAGCCCAGCCGCCCACCCCACUAUAAGCGAUGAGGAGAGGAUCUACAUAGAGACCACCAUUGGCGAGGGUGUCAAAAUAUUGAGCGCCACUGAGAAAUUCAAGACUCCAUGGCGCCGUUUCUUCACCUCCAUGCCUGUCUAUGCCAUCAUCGUGGCUAACUUCUGCCGUAGCUGGACCUUCUAUCUGCUCCUCAUCAGCCAACCAGCCUACUUUGAGGAGGUGUUUGGCUUCUCCAUCGGCAAGGUGGGGCUCCUGUCUGCUGUGCCUCACAUGGUGAUGACCAUCGUAGUGCCUAUCGGUGGCCAGCUAGCCGACUUCCUACGCAGUCGUAAAAUCAUGUCAACUACAAACGUCCGGAAAAUCAUGAACUGCGGAGGUUUUGGAAUGGAGGCGACUCUGCUGCUGGUGGUGGGGUUCAGUCACACACGUGGGGUUGCCAUCUCCUUCCUGGUGCUAGCUGUGGGUUUCAGUGGCUUUGCCAUCUCAGGGUUCAAUGUAAACCACCUGGACAUUGCUCCUCGCUAUGCCAGUAUCCUAAUGGGCAUCUCCAAUGGUGUUGGCACACUGUCUGGAAUGGUGUGCCCCCUUAUUGUUGGAGCACUGACUAAACACAAGACCCGCCUGGAGUGGCAGAACGUGUUUGUGAUAGCCGCCAUGGUGCACUACACAGGGGUUAUCUUCUAUGCUAUCUUCGCCUCAGGCGACAAGCAGGAAUGGGCAGAACAAGAGAGCACCAGCGAAGAUAAGGUCGGUAUUAUCGACGAGGAUGAGCUGGCCGAAGAGACAGAGCUCAACACCGAGAUUGCCAUGGCACCCAAGAAAAGCUAUGGAACCACAGAGAACUCAUCAGGUCGCAAACAAGGCUGGAAGAAGAACAGAGGAGUCACCAUGCAGGAAGAUAAGGAUGAUGGGAACUCGCACCACGGGAAUGGGAACUACCAGGAGCAGUAUCAGUGAUGCGCCCUAAUAAUCAGGGGCAUUGGCUGUAUAGAUUCUCCACAUUUUUCCUGGAGUGUGCACUUGCACACUUUCUCACAAAGAAAACCAGAGGAAACCAGAGAAGGCUUAGUGGGAGGAGCUAUAGGAGGAUGGGCUCAUUGUAAU